AUGCGAUUUGUUCUGUAUUAUCUGCACCUCCUUGGAUGCAUUAGCGUCAUGUCCACCUAUGGGCCCCAUCAACGAGCACAGAUGACUGGGGAUAUUUUGCUUGGAGGGCUCUUCCCCAUUCACUUUGGGGUCACAUCCAAAGCUCAAGACUUGGCAGCACGGCCUGAGUCCACACAAUGUGUCAGGUUUAAUUUCCGUGGUUUCCGUUGGCUGCAAGCUAUGAUUUUUGCAAUUGAUGAGAUCAACAACAGCAGCACUCUCCUGCCCAACAUCACAUUAGGUUACAGGAUCUUUGACACAUGCAAUACUGUGUCAAAGGCGCUGGAAGCCACUCUCAGUUUUGUGGCCCAAAAUAAGAUAGACUCCUUGAAUCUGGAUGAGUUUUGCAACUGCACUGACCACAUCCCAUCGACUAUUGCAGUCGUAGGAGCUGCUGGAUCUGCUGUCUCCACAGCAGUGGCAAACUUAUUGGGGCUGUUUUAUAUUUCACAGAUCAGCUACGCCUCGUCCAGUCGCCUCUUAAGUAACAAGAACCAAUACAAAUCCUUUAUGAGAACCAUUCCUUCUGAUGAGUACCAGGCUACGGCUAUGGCCGAUGUAAUUGAGUACUUCCAGUGGAACUGGGUCAUCGCUGUGGCCUCAGAUGACGACUAUGGACGACCCGGUAUAGAAAAGUUCGAGAAAGAAAUGGAGGAGAGAGACAUCUGCAUUCACCUCAAUGAACUCAUCUCUCAAUACAUGGAGGACCACGAAAUCCAAGCACUGGCCGACAGGAUUGAAAACUCCAGCGCCAAAGUCAUCGUGGUGUUCGCCAGUGGUCCAGAUAUGGAGCCUCUAAUCAAAGAGAUGGUCAGGAGAAACAUCACAGAUCGCAUUUGGAUCGCCAGUGAAGCUUGGGCAAGCUCAUCCCUCAUUGCUAAACCCGAGUAUCUUGAUGUGGUGGCAGGCACUGUUGGUUUUGCCCUGAAAGCGGGACAUAUACCACAAUUUAAAGACUUUCUGCAACAAGUCCAACCAAACAAAGAUAGUCAUAAUGAAUUUGUCAGGGAGUUUUGGGAGGAAACUUUCAACUGUUAUCUCAAAGACAGUCCAAGACUUCAAGAAAGUGACAACGGAAGCACAGGUUUUAGGCCUUUGUGUACUGGUGAGGAAGACAUCACCAGUGUGGAGACACCUUACCUGGACUACACCCACCUUCGUAUCUCCUACAACGUGUAUGUUGCAGUUUAUUCCAUUGCACAGGCCUUACAGAACAUCCUCACCUGUACACCUGGACAUGGACUCUUUGCAAACAAUUCCUGUGCAGAUAUAAAGAAAAUGGAAGCAUGGCAGGUACUAAAACAGCUCAGACAUCUGAAAUAUACCAACAGUGUGGGAGAAAAGAUGCAUUUUGAUGAGAACUUUGACUUGGCAGCAAACUACACAAUAAUCAACUGGCACAGAUCUGCUGAAGAUGGUUCUGUGGUGUUUGAGGAGAUUGGAUACUAUAAUAUUCAUUCAAAGAGAGGAGCCAAGCUGGUAAUUGACAAGACAAAGAUUCUCUGGAAUGGGUACAGUUUUGAGGUGCCAUUCUCCAAUUGCAGUGAGGACUGUGAACCUGGCACCAGGAAGGGCAUCAUAGACAGUAUGCCCACUUGUUGCUUUGAAUGCACCGAGUGCUCAGAUGGGGAGUUCAGUAACAACAAAGAUGCCAGUAUUUGCACCAAAUGUCCCAAUAACUCCUGGUCCAGUGGGAACCACACCUCGUGCUUUUUAAAGGAAAUUGAGUUUCUGUCCUGGACUGAACCAUUUGGGAUAGCUUUGGCCAUAUGUGCAGUGCUGGGUGUCGUCAUGACAGCUUUUGUCAUGGGAGUGUUUGUCAAAUUCCGCAACACCCCCAUAGUGAAGGCCACAAACCGAGAGUUGUCUUAUUUGCUACUCUUCUCGCUUAUCUGUUGUUUCUCCAGCUCACUUAUCUUCAUUGGACAGCCGCACGAUUGGAUGUGCCGUCUGCGUCAACCAGCUUUCGGUGUCAGUUUUGUUCUUUGCAUCUCUUGCAUCCUUGUCAAAACCAACAGAGUGCUUUUGGUCUUUGAGGCCAAGAUUCCAACCAGUUUCCAACGUAAAUGGUGGGGAUUAAACCUGCAGUUUCUUUUGGUGUUUCUCUUCACAUUUGUCCAAGUUAUGAUAUGCGUUGUGUGGCUUUACAAUGCUCCCCCUUCCAGCUAUAUGAACCAUGACAUCGACGAGAUUAUCUUCAUCACCUGCAAUGAGGGCUCUGAGAUGGCUCUUGCAUUUCUCAUUGGCUACACAUCUCUCCUGGCGGCAGUCUCUUUCUUCUUUGCAUUCAAAUCCCGCAAACUUCCAGAAAACUUCACCGAAGCCAAGUUCAUUACUUUUAGCAUGCUCAUAUUCUUCAUAGUUUGGAUCUCCUUCAUCCCCGCUUACUUUAGUACUUAUGGCAAGUUUGUUUCAGCAGUGGAGGUCAUUGCAAUUCUGGCGUCCAGCUUUGGGCUGCUGGCGUGUAUUUUUUUCAACAAGGUCUACAUCAUCCUCUUUAAAUCCUCCAGGAACACAAUAGAGGAAGUCAGGUGCAGUACAGCAGCCCACGCCUUCAAAGUGGCCGCCAAAGCCACGCUGAAACAGGGCACGGUGUCCAGAAAAAAGUCAGGUAGUAUCGGAGGAUCAUCCACCUCCUCCCCAUCGUCCUCCAUCAGCCUCAAGACGAACGGUGACGGUGGCGAGACACCCUCUGGAAGGAGCAAACCAAGAGUGAGCUUUGGCAGCGGGACAGUCAUGUUGUCUUUAAGCUUUGAGGAGUCGAGAAGGAGUUCUUUGAUGUGA